CCUUCUAAGCCCAUCCCACCCAUGAGUUGUCUCUACAUCUUAGCUAAAAGUUUGAUGGCUGCAGCAGUUUUUACGUCAUAUGAAGCCACAUCAACACUCUUAUAGAUAUCGAAAUAUAAAAUAUUUUGUGACGUGACGUGCAUUCAUAACGGAACUGCCUCAGAUCAACAAACGCACUUCGGCUAAAUCCAUCAAUGCUAACUGCAUGUGGCAGACUAGCUGCUCUUACUGAGGAAAUGCUAAAGUAAACUAUCCAGCUGCAGUGAGUUUAGUCUUGAAUUAUUUGUUUUAGUCAACAGAAAAGCAAGUACAUUUGGAUUCAAAUACGAUUUGCUCUGUGCACAUGGACACUAACGUGACGUAUAACAAUACAACAGUCUUAUUUUGAUGCGCACAUAGCGCGAUGAGUUGACUUGAAGGUCUGUCUGUCAGUCUGUGACCUAUUUGAAUGUUGACGUCACGUCGUUAAUCUUUAAUUUCCGAGCACGCUGUGCGGAAUAACAUUCGGUCGCACCGGUUUGAAGCAGCUGGAUUUUAAGUGCGAAUCUGGAUCUACCGCUAAAAUGGGGUCUAACGGAGACCUCAACGCAAACUCACAGUGUAUCAGUAGCACCGGGGACCUGGUCCUGGACAAAGCGGUCAGUCAAUGGAUGGCCUGGGAUAAGAAUCCUCAGACACGGGAACAGAUCGAGUGUCUGGUGCGAGAGGGGCGUGUGGUGGAGCUGAGGAGGAGGUUGUGCUCCAGGAUGACGUUUGGAACGGCUGGCUUGAGAGCGCCGAUGGGAGCGGGGUUUGCUCGCAUCAAUGACCUGACUGUCAUCCAGUCUACACAGGGGAUGUACAACUAUUUAGCCAAAUAUUUCCCUGACCUGAAAACAAGAGGGCUGGUGAUCGGUUAUGACACUCGUGCCCAAGCAAGCAGUGGCUGCACCAGUGAACGGCUUGCAAGGUUGACAGCAGCUGUUAUGCUUUGUAAAGAUAUCCUUGUCUAUUUGUUCUCUACAUAUGUGCCUACCCCAUUUGUGCCGUAUGCUGUGAUGAAGUAUGGAGCUGCAGCUGGAGUCAUGAUCACUGCUUCUCAUAACAGAAAAGAGGACAAUGGGUACAAGGUUUACUGGCACAAUGGGGCACAGAUCUCCUCGCCACACGAUAAGGAGAUCUUGCAUUGCAUUGAGGAGAGUACCGAACCGUGGGAAGAGUCCUGGAAUGUGGACCUAGUUGAGAGCAGCCUGUUGAGGAGUGACCCACUGGAGGACGUCUGCCGCUGGUACAUGGAAGAGCUAAACACUGUCUGCUUCCACAGAGAACUUAACACAAAGUCUCCCCUGAAGUUUGUGCAUUCAUCUUUCCAUGGUGUUGGUCACAACUUUGUCCAGAGAGCUUUUCAGCAGUUUGGCUUCCCACCUCCUAUCCCUGUUCCGGAACAGAAAGAUCCAGAUCCAGAAUUUUCCACUGUCAGUUGCCCUAACCCAGAGGAAGGAGAAGCUGUUUUGGAGCUGGCUCUUCGUUUGGCCGAGAGUGAAGAGGCUCGCAUUGUCGUGGCCACAGACCCCGAUGCUGAUCGCUUGGCUGUUGCGGAGCUGAAUGACAAUUGCAGUUGGAAAGUGUUCACGGGAAAUGAGCUGGCUGCAUUGCUCGGCUGGUGGAUGUUGUUUUAACUGGAAGAAGCACAUCGACCAGCAGACACUGAGGGAGUAUACAUGCUGGCCACCACCGUUUCUUCCAAAAUACUUAAAGCCUUUGCACGACCCAAUGAGAAAUGUGUGACAGUAGUUUCCACGCUGCCAGAAAUUCUACUAGGGGAACCAGUCUCUCAAGACUGGCCUCUGGAUUUGCUUGAACAAUCAUUUCAGUGCCCUGAAGCGGCAAACCGACAGGGAGCAACCUAA